AUGUUUAUCGAUUAGAAAAAGGCGGUAAAGUUAUAUUAACUAAAAGUAGCACAUUCGUCUUAAAAAGUAAAAUUUUGAGUGUUGAAGUAUUUUGUAUUGGGAUUACGUAGGAACUCCUGCCGCAUGUGCCCCUGAACAUGAGGCUCCCAUGGGCAACUCGUGCUGUGGGGCCAAGAAGGCGAAGCAGGAGGGCGGGGGCUCCAUCCUAGACCGCGUCAUCUCGCAGGCCUCCAACCAGGACGACUGCCUGCUGUACAGGCUGGCCAACUACAAGAACGGCGGGGAGCUGAUAGACGCGUACCACGCGGGCGGGCAGGCGGAGGUGGAGAAGCUCAUUAAGGAGCAGUUUGGCGUGCUGAUGUACCGGGAGGGCAGCGGCCAGGUCAUCAACCGAGCCGAGUACCUGCGCUGGAAGUUCCGUAACCAGGACCAGGUGGUGCUGCCGAUAGAGGCGUCGCUCAGCCCGCACGACCCGCUGGCCAAGUGGAGCGACCACGAGGCCUGCUGGCAGAUGCAGUACCGCGGCUCCCUGGGCGAGACGCUGCUGCACGUGCUCAUCAUCUGCGACACCAAGCUGCACACCCGGCUGGCGCGCACCCUCAUCAAGUGCUUCCCCAAGCUGGCGCUGGACGUCGUGGAAGGGGAGGAGUACCUGGGUGCGGGCGGACUGCACCUCGCCAUCGCCUACAACAACAACGAGCUGGUACAGGACCUGGUGGAGGCAGGAGCCAACGUGGCGCAGAGGGCCAUUGGCAGCUUCUUCCUGCCGCGGGACCAGCAGCGCCCCCAGCCCAGCAGGCACACGGACUACGAGGGGCUGGCCUACCUGGGGGAGUUCCCGCUGGCCUGGGCCGCCUGCUGCGCCAACGAGAGCGUCUACAACCUGCUGCUGGACAACAGCGCUGACCCCGACGCCCGGGACACCUUCGGGAACAUGAUCCUGCACAUGGUGGUGGUCUGCGACAAGCUGGACAUGUUCGGGUACGCGCUGCGCCACCCCAAGGUGCCCGCCAGCAACGGCAUAACCAACAGGAGCGGGCUGACGCCCCUCACGCUCGCGUGCAAGCUGGGGCGCGCCGAGGUGUUCCGAGAGAUGCUGGAGCUGAGCGCUCGCGAGUUCUGGCGCUACAGCAACAUCACCUGCUCCGCCUAUCCGCUCAACGCACUCGACACCUUGCUGCCCGACGGCCGUACCAACUGGAACUCGGCGCUGUUCAUCAUCCUGAACGGAACCAAGGAGGAGCACCUGGACAUGCUCGACGGAGGAAUCAUCCAGAGGCUGCUGGAGGAGAAGUGGAAAACAUUUGCACGGAGGCAGUUCCUGAAGAGGCUGGCGAUCCUGGUGUUGCACCUGCUGCUGCUCAGCACGGCCAUCUACAUGCGGCCCGCGGAGCAGGACGAGCCGCUGCUGGGCGGCCGCGAGUGGCACGACAUAGCGCGCUACUGCGCCGAGGCCGGCACCGUGUGCGGGGUGCUGUCCUACGUGCUGCUGCAGCAGGGAGGCGAGAUCCACAACCAGGGCCUCAGCAGCUUCCUCAAGCAGCUGAGCCACGACCCCGCCAAGGCCAUCUUCCUGGUGUCGAACCUGCUGAUCCUGGUGUGCAUCCCGUGCCGCCUGACGGGCGACAAGCGCUCCGAGGAGGCCAUCCUGCUGUUCGCAGUGCCCGGGUCCUGGUUCCUCUUCAUGUUCUUCGCCGGGGCCAUCCGGCUGACGGGCCCCUUCGUGACGAUGGUGUACUCGAUGAUCACCGGGGACAUGCUGACGUUCGGCAUCAUCUACAUGGUGGUGCUGUUCGGCUUCUCGCAGACCUUCUACUUCCUGUACAAGGGCCACCCGGGGGUGGCCGCCUCCCUCUACCACUCCUACCCCACCACCUGGAUGGCCCUCUUCCAGAUUACGCUCGGCGACUACAGCUACUCGGACCUGAGCCACACGACCUACCCCAACCUGUGCAAGACGGUGUUCGCCAUAUUCAUGGUGUUUGUGCCGAUCCUGCUGCUCAACAUGCUCAUAGCCAUGAUGGGGAACACGUACGCCCACGUCAUAGAGCAGAGCGAGAAGGAGUGGAUGAAACAGUGGGCCAAGAUCGUGGUGACGCUGGAGCGCGCGGUGAACCAGGCCGACGCACACCGCUACCUGCAGGAGUACAGCAUCAGCCUGGGCCCGGCGGGAGACGACCCCAGCGUCGAGCAGCGCGGCGUCAUGGUCAUCAAGAGCAAGAGCAAGACGCGCGCCAAGCAGAGGAAGGGUGCCGUCGCCAACUGGAAGCGUGUCGGCAAGGUGACGAUCCGGGAGCUGCACAAGCGCAACAUGACGGGAGAACAGCUGCGCCGCCUCAUGUGGGACCGCGCCUCCAUCUCGACGCCUGUCCGGGUCCCCGACAGCCCAGAGCCGGGCGCAGAGCAGGACGCUGGCUUCGGAGACAACCUGAUGGCAGCGCUGGACGUGAUGGCCUUCACCCACGACAUCGACCUCUCCUCCGCCGCGGCUGGCGCCCUGCAGGAGGACUCCGUCCCGGGCCAGGCCAGCAUGCCCGCGCCUCCGGCCGUCCCUGCCGCGCCGCCCACUGCCGCGAUGCCGCCCGCCGCCGGCAGAGCAGCGGGCGCGACGGCUCGGCCGAGGGCGGAGGCGAGCGCCCCGCCGCCCCUGUACCCCGCCCUGCCGCCCCGGGGGGAGGUGGACGACCCCCUGAGGCAGCUGGUGCUGCUGUCGGAGCUGCCGCACAUGGAGCAGCAGUUGGCAGCCCUGGCGGGCCUGGCGGCGCAGGCCGACAGCCUGGAGGCGGUCUCGCCCCGCGAGCAGCACCGCUACUGCUGCCUCUCGCUGUCCGAGGAGACGCGGCUGCAGCUGGCCAAGGCCGACGCGCUGCUGCAGCCCAGCGACAGCGACGCCUUCGGAGAUGGGCCGCUGCUGGGGCGGGGCUCGCGCUCUCGCCGGGCCCGGGCCUCCAGGCGGGGCGGCGACCCCGACAGAGAUGCUCUGCUCUUCUGCCACCACAAGGAGCUCAGCUCCAGCAGCUCGUCCGACUCCGGGCUGGCCAACCCUGGUUUCGCCCCCUCCCCGCCGGCCCGGGCGGAGUUGCAGCCUGAGAAGACGAGGAGCCAGCCGCCCCACGAACGCAGCGACAAGCAGCCUUCGGCACGCGACAAGCCCCGCCCCAAGACUGCCCGCAUCAACAGGGUGGGGCCCAGCGGGGAGGUGCCCCUGAGACGAGGCACGUCCGCGGCCGCUGUCCCGAGCGUGCGCCCCCCGCCCUCUCCCCCGGACCCCUUGGACGCCUGGAGCACCCGCCCCAUCGCCAACAUGAACACCCUCCUGUCCGACGAAGAGAGCAUGUAGCGAUGCUCGUGUAUCGGCUACUGCUGCUGCUUGGUGUACGCGCCACAGAGCAUUAGGAGUUGUAUCCCAAGUCUCAAAGCCCUGUUGAAGUACUAUUAGCGUUUAGGAGCAAGCAUGCCAACCAACACCGCAAGCUUCCAACAUUGAGUCAUAGGUCACUUCUUAACUUGACCACAGAAAUUCUACCAAUAACUACGAUAUGCCAGUAAUACUUUCACUGUAUGCAGGUAGAAGAUUCGGGCACAAAUCCUAUAUCUAGAUUUCUUUCUCAGAUGAAGCAAGAAUAUACAUAUAUUUGUCAUGCUCACAGCAUACAGAAAUAGCGAUGAGCUUUUUGGAUAAAAACCAAUACCAAUCCAGUUAAAGUUUCAAUUCUUAAACAGUUCAGAUUACCAAUUCAAAUCUGAUCCAUUUUUGUUGUUAAUAAUAACAGUGUAAGUCUUUAGAUAUUUAAUAUUUAUAAGUAAUGAGUCAUUACCUACCUUAAUGUAAUUAGUUAUGAUAAGGAUUUUUGGUAGAUGACAUAAAGUAUUUUAUUGCAUAAAGUUUGUGCACAGCACAAUACACAUUAUACCUUUUAUUAAUGAAUGAACACAACAUUCAAAUAUUGCCUUAAAUUACAGAAGAAUUGGAGUAAAAUAUGCCUAUGGAACUAUAGUUAGGUAAAUAGAAAUAUGGGCAACACCCGAAUGUAUGAAAUUGUACUUUAUUCAUGCGUAUUGUUUUUAAGUGUCUGUUUGAAACAAUUUUAUUGGAAAUCCAGAAAAUUGGAAAUAUACUGCCCAAUUCCGAUACUUUAAACUACUAAACCCGUACAUCACUAUACAAAUAUGUAUAGUGCACAUUGCAUCCUGAACCCUGAGGUUAUGUGAAGUACCUGCUAAGUGUGCAGAAUGAAAUUUGGUAACAUGGCCCAGACUUGCUCAGCCACUUUCGUGGAACUCGCAGCGGACACGUUAUAAAAAUUAUAUUUUUGGUGCAGUACUUUGCAGUCAGUAUGUACAUAAUGAUCUAAAAAAAGUUUGUAAAUUCUAUACUGCCUGGACAUGCAUAUACUACAGGACUCAUUAAAAUGCAAUUUCCUGCUCUGUGUGGGUUUUUUUAAAACUGAUUGACUGUUCUGAAAUGAAAAUCGUAUUUUCUAGCAUACAGGAUGGCGUAAUGAAACGAGUAAUGAAAAUUGCAAAGUUGAUUGGCAUCUUCUUAAACGACUUCAUGUGCGAUGCGAGGCCUCUGUGUUUGCGCAGGAUGUGUGUAGUGCUAGAAUUUAUCUCGGGUCAGAGCAGAUGUGGGCCGUGGUUUCUAAGAAGAUUGCUGUGUUCCUGUGGUUUGUUAAGAGAAGGUAAAGGCGACAGGACAGCACAGUAUUUGACGUGUAAAAUAAAACUGUGGUUUUUGGGCGAAUGGAUCUGCUUGCUGGGUUUCAGCUGCUGACUUGUUUAUCAGGCUCUAGCCAGAGGCUAGGUAGUUGUCAAGUUGGGUUGACGAUGCCACUUCAGGUGAUACAGGGCUUGACAGCCGUGAUCCUGACAGCAUCACGGGCAGAUGUCACCUCUACGAGAUACAUAGCUUUUGACGACAAUGUAUUCUGACUGUGGAAUCGCAGCAGCACAAUAGGACAUGUAACAGCUUUAAGUUAAUUCAUCGUGCGUAAAACCCCCGUCUCAUAUACCAGAAAAUACAGAGUUAUUGUAGGAGAUGAAUGUAUCAACUAUACUAUUAUAGAAGUAUGAUUCCACUUCAGAAAAAUGUCUAGAUUUCAAUAUUGUAGCAUUGGAUAUAUGAUUUACACAUUGUAAAAGUGCAAUAUAAUGAGUCACCAUCUCAUUCAAAGUUUAUGCUUGCCUAAUGUUUUUAAAAAGCAUCUCUAUUAUUUAUAUAUAUAUGUAUAUAUUUAUGCAUGCUUUGUGAAUUUGAAAUCUCUUCUUGCAAUUUCUUAAGGAGCUUGUAAAGAUGGGUAAUUCUCACAGCUACAAUGUUUGAAAAAAUUCACACAAUAUCAUAAAGUCUAAAUACAAUCUAACUUCAUAUGAUAGCAAUGUUAAACAUAUACAGAAAUAACACAUUGCAUAAGUUGUUCAUCUGAAGUAAAAUCUCAGAACUGUAAAAUUGUUAAAAGGUGUUGGAUAUUUUGCAUACUUAUAUUAUCUCCAUCAUAAAUUAAUUGUGUACGAAUACAGAACGUUUUUUUUGAAUUUUUGGUCUAAAUUGUAACAAAAUAGCAGGGUUUUUUUUAUUAUAAAGAAUUUCACAUUCUACACAUUUUAUGUAACAUCUAAAUAAAUCAAUUGAAAAAUGUUUGAAAACACUGUUAUCAUUGUGCACCUGUUGUUAAUUAGAAUGUAAAUAUAAUUUUAAAUAAUUAUGUAUAUGUUACAAAAUAAAUCUACUGCAUUUGGGUUAUGUCUUGUAUCACAUAAUUUAAGAAGAUUCACAUAUAGAACAAAGUAAACCUGUAUCCUAGAAUGAAAGACAUUGAUCUUUAGAGGUGAAUGUAACAAUACCUACAUUGUUCCUUCAACGACACA